CCCUGCACCUAAGGUCCACGUACACUUUUCGGUUGAUACGUUUAAUAUAAUCAAGGAUAAAAUAAUUUUAUUUCAGAAUCACGUCAGCUAAGUUAUGUUCGUAAAAUCAAUACACAUUUGCAUCACCGAAUAGCCUGAAUUUGUCUUUUAAAAAUCAGAGCCUGCUCUCCAGAUUGACAGUUACGUUACUGCACUGAUAGAUUUGUACGGGAAUCCUGGGAGCGGAAGUAAGGCGUCUGCUGCAGCGGUCAAUUACUCGGGUAUCUGCGUUUUCCUCGCGACAGGCAGACAAGAUUACGUUAUAACAAUGUUGGGCCAAAUUCUGCGACCAGUAGGAAGAAACGUUUUUCGCAGCGGAUCUCGUUCGUACCAUCCGCCAGCUGAAUUCAAGCAAACAACACUUAAUGACCUGCCAGUACCACAAGGCGCGUGGCAGACCCAUCAUGACGCCAUGCAGAAAAAAUAUAAUUUGCAUCUUCUAAUAGGUGUUGGUUUCACGAUUGGAACCAUUUCAUUUGCCAAGUUUUCUGGUCUUAUCUACCUGAACGCCUAUCCUCCAAUCCCCAAAUAGUGAAACAAUUGUGUUGCUUGUAAUUAGUAGACUGUGAACUGUAAAGUAAUGUAUUACUUCAAAUAUACUGUUGUAAAUUUGCGAGAAUCACUAUAACAUUCUGUAUUCUUGAAUAAAAGGAAAACUUGAAAUAGGUA